AUGCUCAUAACGCAGCGACCUCACGGGCCAGCGCAUCAGUCCCCCUUCUCCCCCCUCUCCCCCUCCCUCCUCAUCUCCAACCUUCCCCCACACGUCCAGCCCAAACAUCUCACCCACAUCCUCUCUUCUCGUCCCAGGCUGCAGAGACAAGUCGGGGACACGACCCGAGGGGAGCAUGGGAUCUGCUUUAUCCGGAUCUAUACCAAGCCGAAACGAAAGCCAAGGCCGGCAUUCUUCACUCGGCUCUUCUCGGACCUGUCCAUCAGUCCCCGCGCUAAUGUCGCUCUUGCUGAAAAGCCCGCUCUGCCCGCCCGAAAGACCUCGUCUACUUCGGACGCCGAGCCUGCGCCACCCACUCUUCCCUCUGACGCAGCCGCUCUGCGGACAAGAAGCAGAGUCGAAGAAGUCGUCCCUGAUUCUCCUCGGCCCAUAUCGACGAGACACAAUCCUAAGCAGGAAGACGAAGACGAAGUAACCAUCGCCGAGUUACGCUUCAGUACCGAGUACCACCGAUACGCCGCCGCGCAGCUACUAAACCGAUCGACGAUUGACGGGCGGAAGGUCGGACUGAAAAUGAAAGAGUGGGAUGGCGCGGCUUUGAGACGGCUGUGGCGGCGGAUGACCUGA